AUGCAGGUGACGCAAGAUUUUGAGAGUUCGAUUUUGGAGAUGGACAAGGAGAACAGUUUCGAUCUGCACAACAGAGCAACCUCCGUGAGGCCGUCGGUUGGGGCCAAGCGCGAGGCCGGAGUACUGCAGGAUAUAAGCAACGAAGAGGAUCAGUGCACGCAGUGCACCUGCGGCCGAUCGGUGAAGAGGAGCACCUUCCAGCACUCCAAGAUCUGCAACCUCUUCAACCAGCAACACAUUAAGAAGCCACUUGCCAGAUGCGUCUCCAGGACUCCGCCGUUUGCUGCCGCCAAGAGCAACCUGAAGGCGCUACAGAGAGCAGCACACCCGCCUCCGUCGCCCUCUCUUUCGCUCAACUGGACCCCCGACACCUCGUUCGCCCAGUCUCCACUCCGCCACAACGCAGAAGAACAAGACGAUCACGACACGGUGACCGAGUCCAUGUCGCAGUACGACGAGGACAGGAUUGAAAGCGAAGAAGAAGAAGAAGAAGAGGAACCAGAUGAUGGUGAUGGCGAGGCCAACUUCACGCCGGACGCUGUCCGAGUGAGCGGCAGGAGCGGCGAGAAGGCCGCGCGCAAGAGUCUGCGCUGUGCCUCGCCCAUGGUGAUCCUGUCCUACCGCUCCGACAGCGAAGACGAAGAAGCCGAAAGCGAAGCCGAACCCGAACUCGAAAGCGAAUUCGAAAGCGAAGCCGAAGCCGAACCUGAACCUGAAAGCGAAUUCAACGCGCGCGGCAACACUGGUAAGGCUGUGGAAGAAGAGGAAGAGGAGUUGUUCUUGUCACAGACAUCAUCAGAGAUCGACGAAUCGGCCGAAGCAGGCGAGGAUGAGCAGGCAGAGGUUUCCAUCAUCUUCGAAGACGAUGGUCAUCCGCUGGAGAUCGCGAUAGCCGAAGAGGAAGCUGCGAGGGAAGACGAGGCGUUUGUCGUGCAGCGGCUGCCCGCUGACGCCGAAGCCGAAGCUGAGAAACAAGAGGGAACGGACGAGACCGCGCCUGGGACACAUCAACAACGCCAAAUCGGGGAAGAGGAAGAGGAAGAGGAAGACCGAGUAGUAGCCGAUGCGGCCGACGACAACGCGGAUGCUCUCCUGGUGCUGCUGCGGGCGCUGCGAUUGGACCACCACCACGCGCGCUUCGUCGAGGAGGAGGUGUCGCUCGGCGAUGUGCUGCUGCUGACGGACGAGGAGCUGGAGCGGCACCUGGGCCUGCGUCUCGGACCGCGACGACGCCUGCGACACGCCAUCGCCCAGCUGGCCCUGCCGCCCGCCUUCCCCUCGUCCGCCGCCCGUCGCGUCCAGGACACCCUCGACCGCGUUGCCAACGUUGGGCAUACCGAGACCUCAAGCCUUCUUCGAGAGUGA